AUGACCAUCAAGGACUCCCCGUCGUGGACCCAAAUUGUGGCCCAGAAACGCGCUCUUCGAGAUCAGCAGCUCCAGCCCUAUCUCGUCGACGAUCUUGAGCAGCGAGGCCCUCAAGCUAGUCGGGUUUCAGAGCGCAGUCGCAUUGCGGAGGAUCCAGAGGUUCAGAAGAUCACCGAUAUCGACAACAUCCACGACUUGCUGAAGAGUCUCGAAACUGGCAUAUUUACGGCCGAACAGGUCACUCGGGCGUAUAUCAAACGGGCUGUGGUCUCUCAUCAACUAACAAAUUGUCUCACGGAAGUCGUCUUUGACGAUGCGCUGGCACAGGCCAAGGCUCUCGAUGCGAAAUAUCGAUCCUCAGGCCAACUCAAAGGCCCAUUGCAUGGCGUCAUCAUCACUUUGAAGGACCAAUUCAACAUCCAAGGGAUCGACUCUACGCUGGGCUACGUAGGUCGAGCCUUCCAGCCUGCUCAGCAAGAUGCAGUGCUUGUCGAGAUCUUAAAAGACCUGGGAGCGGUUGUGAUCGCCAAAACCAACCUAUGCCAGAGCAUUAUGUGGGCCGAGACCGAGAAUCCGCUCUGGGGCUUGACUACCAAUGCCCGGAACCCCGCCUUUUCGUCGAGUGGCUCAACGGGAGGAGAAGGCUCCCUGCUCGCCCUGCACGGUUCCCUGCUCGGCUUCGGGACAGAUAUUGGAGGUAGCAUUCGGAUGCCAGCAGCCACUGCGGGCAUAUAUGGGCUGAAGCCAACGAGCAGCCGGUUCCCUUCCGAGGGUGUGCCCGUAUCUACUGAGGGCCAAGAACAUGUUCCUUCAUCAAUCGGGCCACUGGCACGAGAUCUGGAAUCACUGGCCUACAUCACCAAACUCGUGGCCUCCGCUCGACCCUGGGACUUCGAUCCUCGGUGUGUGCCACUGCCUUGGAACGAAUCUGCACUCCGAGAGGUCCAGGACCGGCCCAUGGUCAUUGGACUCAUCCUUGACGACGGCAUGGUGAAAGUCCACCCGCCCAUCGCCCGAGCCUUACAAGAAUUAUCCACCGCGUUGGAACUUCAGGGGCAUGAACUCGUGACCUGGGACACGUCCGGCCACGCAGAGUGCAUCGAGAUAAUGGAUCUCUUCUAUACUGUCGACGGCGGGGAAGAUAUCCGCCGCGAUAUUGCCGUCGCCAACGAACCGUAUAUUCCACAUGUCGAAGCCCUGGUCAAUCGGGCCAAGCCCAUUUCCGUGUACGAGUACUGGCAGCUAAACAAGCGGAAACGGGCCGCCCAGAAGAAAUAUCUGGAUAUGUGGAAUGCUGUUCGGUCCCCGAAGGGGAAGCCGGUCGAUAUUCUCUUGAGUCCGGUCCUACCUCACACGAGCGUCCCGCACCGAUCGUUUCGUUGGGUGGGAUACACCAAGAUCUGGAACUUCCUCGAUUACCCAGCCCUGUCCCUACCCGUAGACCAGGUGCGUUCUGACCGGGACCAGGUACCGGGCAAGCCAUAUGUGCCGAGGAAUUCCUUAGAUGAGUGGAAUUGGAAUCUCUACGACAGGGAUCAGGUAAAUGGGCAUCCCGUGAAUCUGCAGAUCAUUGGUAAAAGGCUAGAUGAAGAGAAGGUUCUCGGAGCUGCGAUGGCCAUUGAGCGGAUCUGGAAGAAUUAUACUAAGGGCCAGACUUGA